CAUCUGCAUAAAAUUAACAAAAUAAUAAUAAAUAUAGUGAACCAACUUCAAUCACAUCCUCACUGUGAGAUAUACACUAUAUUGCCAAAAGUAUUGGGACACCCCUCCAAAUCAUUGGAUUCAGGUGUUCCAAUCACAUCCAUGGCCACAGGCAUGCAGAUUGCUUCUACAAACAUUUGUGAAAGAAUGGGUCGCUCUCAUGAGCUCAGUUAAUUCAAGUGUGGUUCCCUGUUAGGUUGUCACCUGUGCAAUAAGUCCAUCUGUGAAAUUUCCUUGCUACUAAAUAUUCCACAGUAAAAUGCUAGUGGUAUUAUAACAAAGUGGAAGCAACUGGGAAUAACAGCAACUCGGUCACGAAGUGGUAGGCCACAGAAAAAUGGCAGAAUAGGGUUAGCGCAUGCUGAAGCGUACAAUGUGCAGAAGUUGCCAACUGUCUGCAGAGUCAAUAG